AUGAGCAAGGCCAUCGUGCUCCUUCUUCUUCUUCUCUUGGCCGUCAGCUUCCUUGCGAUUGACGCCGAGAAGCUAUCCCGAGAUGAGAACGCGAAACGAAUCGCCAGCUGUGGAGUUCUGCCCAAGACAUCGCAACGGAAGAUUGUCGAGGGAAUGUACAGGACGGUCAAGAUUCCGUGGGCUCUCGACAUCACCUACGGACCGCAGACGAUGGCGAUGACUGGAACCCUCAUCUCCCCUCGUCACGCCGUCAUCCACGUGCUGUCCGUCUUCAAAGAUUGGAAAUGGCUGAAUCUGCGCGACGGCGAACCGAUGAAACCAGCGGAAGAGUGUCGGAACGGCGAGAUGGACGUGACAAAGACGGGACUUUUAAUUAGUGUACGGUACCUGGUGGGCGACAAGCGAAAGCAAGCGAAAGUGGUGAAAGCCACCUACUUCGGACUCUGCGACGCUACGAAAGGUCCAUGGGGCAUCGUGCUCGUCGAGUUUGCUUCGAAUGUGCCGAUGACUCCAGUCUGCACGCCGACCGAAGAAUCGCUUCUCUACGAUGAUCAGCUGGAGCCGGGAAGUGUGCUCCGAGCGCAUGGACCCAUUGCAUGGAGUGAGAACAGAAAACAGGCGAAAGUUUCGGUAAGAUGAUAAGAGUAAUUGGGUAGUUUAUGGAACACUGUUCUUAGGUGGGCAUUUGCGAGCAUCCCGAUGAAAUUUGCACGAGCGGAGGUCUCACAACGUUUGAUUACGGAGGUCCGUUGACCGGAGUCACUCCCGACGGACGAGUCGCCGCGUUCGGCAUCCACAUGACUGCUUGGGGCGACAAAACGACGCCGUCGAGACACAUGGCUCUCUGGAAUUACAUGCCGCGCAUCUGCAAACACUCGGGAGUCUGCUCCGCUUGAACCGUUUUGUAGUAUUGUCCGACUGAGUGAAUAAAGCGUUAAUCGUUCGCAGUUUAUCGCCACGCCACUGCCUCCGACGCGGAAGUUCGUGCUAAUACCGAAGGACCCACCGGAGCUCCAGGAACCCCGGGAGCUCCCGGGCCAGCCGAUGCCCCAGGACAAAACGCCGUCGGCGGAGGACCAGGACGAGCAGGACCACAGGGACCAGCCGGAGCGCCAGGACAGCCAGGAAACUCGGGAGCUACUGCCCGUGCCCGUCGCGUUCCGUCGCCGUCCGCAAGCACCGCAGAGUGUUCCGGAAGCUUGUUGCCAAGAAGGUCGUCGCGUAGACUUUUUGAUUCUAAACUCAUUAAAUUUGUGCAUUCUACUGAACUGA